AGUAUAUUAUUAUUCUAAGUUUGACGAACAGCUGCUUUGAGGUUCCUAUAUCAAACAUUAGCUGCGGUGACAGACGUUCAGUGAAAUCCGGUUGAAGAAAUCCCGUGUGUUCGCAUUCAUUUUACGAUAUACGGUUCGAAUCGAAAGUGCGAGCAGUGACUAGACAUUGGGAAAUUAAGUGUGCAUAAAGUUAGCAAAAAUUUCGUCACCAAAAAAUGUCCGACUACUUCGAUGAAAUGGGUUGGACACCGUUAGAAGACGGCGAGACACCGAAUCAUUUGAUACACAUGGCAAGACUUUUACGAGAUUUCGGUAUGUGGGAUUUAUUGGGGCAAACGACGAGGCUGCCACCACCUGCUUCGAAGUCUGCUAUCGAGAACUUGGAGGAGGUCGAAAUCACUUCUUCCGAGUCGAAGCAAUGUCCUGUAUGCUUAAAAGAGUUCGAAAACGGCAUGUCCGCGAAGCGGAUGCCCUGUAAACACAUUUUCCAUAAGGAGUGCAUAAUCCCGUGGUUAGAUAAGACGAACUCGUGUCCGCUCUGCCGACACCAAUUACCUACAGACGAUGAGGACUACGAAAUGUACAGGAAAGAGAAACAGCGCGAGGUAGAAAGGGAGAAGGACUUAGAAACUCUACACAAUUCGAUGUUCAUGUAGAAAAAUACAGAUUUGUACAUAAGGAAAGAAUGUUUUAUAUUUCUCUAUGUAGAUUUUAAACUCUAUCGUACUAUGAAUAUUAUACAGAAGAAAAUUAAGUAAUGUUAAUGAAAAUCGUACUACAAUCGAAUUGUAAUUUCCCUUCUACCUAUUUGAAUAUUCGAAUGUACUUUAGUCGAACAAA